UGAGGAGCGGGGAAGCAGCCGACGGAGCUGGUGCCCCUGGUCGAACGGGAGCCAUGCCGCGCCGAGGCCUCGUGGCGGGGCCAGACUUUGAGCAUUUUCAGCGUCGGUUUUUCACACCGGCAGAAGUAGAGGAACACAACCAGCCCGAAGACCUCUGGGUGUCUUACCUGGGACACGUGUACAAUCUAACGCCGCUUGUGCAGGAGUUCAAGGGGGACCUACUGCUGAAGCCCAUCCUGGAGGUUGCUGGGCAGGACAUCAGUCACUGGUUUGAUCCGAAGACCCACGACAUUCGCAAGCACGUAGACCCACUGACUGGUUGCUUGAGAUACCGCACCCCGCGGGGCCGCUUCGUGCACAUCCCCCCUCCGCUGCCCCGUUCCGACUGGGCCAAUGAUUUCGGGAAGCCCUGGUGGAAGGGGUCAAAAUACAUGGUGGGGCGACUGUCUGCCAAGACUCGGAGCAUCCGUAUUAUUAACACUCUCACAUCGCAGGAACACACGCUGCAGGUGGGGGCUCUGGAGUCGAUGUGGGAAAUCCUGCACCGCUAUCUGCCCUAUAACGCACAUGCCGCCAGCUACACGUGGAAAUACGAGGGGAAAAACCUGAACAUGGAUCACACCCUGGAGGAGAACGGCGUCCGGGACGAGGAGGAGGAGUUUGACUACCUUAACAUGGACGGCAGCCUUCACACGCCUGCGGUUCUGCUCUACUUCAACGAUGACCUCACAGAGCUGUAGGGAAGCCGCUGAGCAUAUAGACUGCACACGCCGAGUUUGCCUCUCUCUGUGCCUUGAGGAAAG